UUUACGUUUGUUUUAUUACAUUUUUCUUAUUUUUGCUAUACUAUUUCAAAAUUGUAAACAUAUUACAAGAACUAUGCUUUAUAAAAUUGUGAUCCUUUUUAUAUUUUGUUCUAUACCAACAGCGUUUUGUGUGCGAUGCUAUCAGUGUGCAUCGUCAGAGAACAUAAAGGAGGAUACUUGUGGGGCGUACAAAAAAUUCGAUACGGAUAGCCACAUAGCUGUUGAGUGUAACAGUGACGAGUCUCACAUGCCUGGUUCCUUCUGCAUGAAGGUUACACAACAAGGGCCAAAAGGAUUUAUAUGGGACGGUAGAUGGAGACAAGUGAUCAGGCGUUGUGCAUCCGUCGCUGAAACUGGAGUCACAGGAGUUUGUAACUGGGGUGUCUACGACAAUGGAGUCUAUUGGGAAGAAUGCUACUGCUCCUCGGACGAAUGUAAUUCUUCCUCCAUUGUAACUACUUCAGCUUUCCUAGUUUUGAGUACUGUAGCCAUCAGUCUGUAUUUCCGUAGCUUGUGAUUUAGAUAGACUUGUUUGUUUUAUGAUUUUGUAAGUUGGGAGGCACUGGAAUCUCUUAAAAAAGUAGGUUGAAGUUACAUAAAAACUAUUCCUAUGGUAAAAGUGUAAUGGCAGCUAUGAUUUAGAACACUUUUUGUACAAUUUCUUUAAAUUUGAAAAAACGGUAAUAACACAUAAAGGUGCUGGUAGGCGGCAGGCGACAUGAAGUAACGGCAGACAACGUGUCACAGCGACACUACUAGCUUCUAUAUAUUUCUUUGAAUGAAAAUGUCGCUAGCUGCGGAGAGUAUUUCAUAAAAAUACAUACAAACCAGUAGUGUCGCUGCAACACAUUGUCUGCGGUUGCUUCAUGCUGCCCGCUGCCAACAAGCACCUUUACUAUAAUAUAAGCCCAACUCUAUAAAUAUCUCUACAUAUAACUCAUAAUAUUUUCAUCUUAUCUUAUUUAUAUAUGAAUGGUGACAAAAAUUGAAAGCUUUAGUUAAAAAUAAUUAUUAUUGUAAAGCUAGUGCCUUAAAAUGCCUUUAUGUCCGUCCAUUUAAUUUUUACCUAGAUUAAGACUAUUACAUAUUUAUAUGGUAGACAACGCAGCAGCCAAUAAUAAAAAAGU